UAAGGUGAUGCCUUCCAUGUCCAUCUGCUGGGGCUGUCAGGCUGUCUUCUAAAGUCACAGACACAAACCUAACGGCCUAAUGUUGUUAAUUGUAAUGUGUUUGUGUAGUGUUAGUUAGGAGCUGUUCUAUUGGUGUUAUUUGCUACGAGUACUACAAUUUUUUAAUUUAGAAAAAUAAACUACUGACCAAACGCAAAAAGCUGUAGGCGAUCUUUGCUUACUUUUCACUUUAAAAAAUAAACUUUUCAACAAUGAGUUCUGUGAAACAGAACAAGUUGAAUAGGAAAUUUACAAAGUAUAAAAAUAUCUUGUGGGAGGAUCAUAAAAUAAUGACGAGCCAAGAUCCUACAGAGGUAUUGGUCAUCUGCAAUCUUGGAAUCAAUGAUGGAAUUAGCAGCAGUGAUAUUAUAAAUUUUUUUUCAAAAUAUGGGAAAAUUGUUUCGGCAUCUUUCGUUCCGAGAAAGUCGUAUUCUUUUAUUCUCUUCGAUGAUGUCCAAAGUUCUGAAAAGUGUUAUCGACAAAUUAAUGGAAAGCUUGCCUUGGAUAAUGUGAAGAAGCCUCUCUAUUUACUCUUUGCUCAGUCUUUUCCACCUUUGGACAAUGAUAUAUUCGACUUCUCCCAACUACCUCCAGGAGCAACUUUAUUCAAAGACUUUCUCAACCUAGACGAGGAAAACGAAUUUCUUACAAUAGCUAACGAAUCGUUUGUUGGACAGUCCACUACUUUAAAACAGCGUAAAGUGUUUCAUUAUGGAUAUGCUUUUCUGUAUGAAAAUAAUAAUGUUGAUAAAAACAACCCUCUCCCCAAUGGUCUACCAAAAAUAUGUGAUAUUAUCCGACCGAGGUUAAAUGAAAAAGGAUAUCCACUUCUCAAUAAUCCAGAUCAACUGACAAUAAAUCUGUAUUCUCCAGGGCAAGGUUUGCCUCCUCAUAUUGAUACUCACAGUGCUUUUGAGGAUGAAAUUUUGAUUUUGUCUUUAGGCUCUGAUUGCAUUAUGGAUUUCAGGAAAGAUUCUAAACACAUCCCUGUGAUUUUGAAACGUAGAUCCAUGUUAGUGCUUGCUGGUGAAUCUAGAUACAUGUGGACACAUGGGAUAUCGGCUAGAAAAUGUGAUAUACUUUAUGAUGUCGAUCAGGGAUUAGUUAAUAAGGAACGUGACACAAGGAUCUCGUUUACUUUACGCAAAAUUUUGCAAGGGGAGUGCAAGUGUUAUUAUCCUAGCACUUGCGACUCACAAAUGGCAAACAGUUUUAACAAUGAACACCCUUCUAAAUUAGAGCAACAAUUUGUACAUCAGGUUUAUGACACCAUAUCAGAUCAUUUUAGUCAAACCCGCUACAAACCUUGGCCUAAGGUUUUAAAUUUUGUACAAUCCUUUCCAGUUGGAAGUAUUUUAUUAGAUGUUGGUUGUGGAAAUGGAAAAUAUUUUAACCACAAUCGUAAAAUAUUUGAGAUAGGAUGUGAUUACAGUCACAGAUUAACAACGAUUUGCAAGGAAAGAGGAUUCGAAGUAUUACGAAGUGACUGUUUAUACCUGCCUUUCAAAGAUAAUUUCUUUGAUGCUGUAAUAAGUAUAGCAGUGCUUCAUCAUUUGUCAACACUUGAAAGAAGAAUUCAAGCUUUUGAAGAAAUAAUCCGAGUACUCAAACCUGGUGGAAAAGUUUUAAUCUAUGUGUGGGCUAAAGAACAAAAGCUGAACAACUCACCAUCUAAUUACUUAAAAAGUGGUGAAAAUCAUGUUAAACAGAGUGAAAUCAAUUCUAAACAGUUUAAUUUGAAGUGUAGCGUUGAAGAUACUUCCUUAAGGACAGGUGUUGAAGAAAGCAGUGAACAAAAAGGUGGUAGGACACCAGGAAAUUUGCCUUUACCGGUUCACACUAAUAGGAUGGAAUUCACACAAAAAGAACAAGAUAUUUUGGUUCCAUGGAAGCUUCAACGUAAAAACAUUGAAACGUCAACACACCUUAGAUAUUACCAUGUAUUCCAAAAGAACGAACUUGAAGACAUUUGUUUUCGUUGUAAGUUCAAAAUAUUAGACUCAUAUUAUGAUAAUGGUAAUUGGUGUGUGCUGUUAACAAAAUAAUCUAGCAGUGUUAACAUAUUUUUUGGAAUAUUGUUACACCAACUGUUUGAAGAUAAAAUCGCAACAAAGAUAAAAAUAAAUGUAUUACAUACAUUGAUUAUAUGUAUAAUUUAUAUAGUCAAAUCUUUAAGUCAAUAUUAAUAAACUGUGACAAUAUCAAUUGUUUAAAAAUUAUUAUUACCUUUAAAAAAUAUUGUUACAUAUUUUAGUGUUAACGUGUUUUAGUAAAUUUAUACUACUGAGAUGAUCUUGUUCUCUUUUAAUAAAUUCCAUAAAUUAUUUUGUGUCUGCA